AUGGAGAAAUGCUGGGUGACCGAGGCAGCCAAUGGCUCCACGAAUGGUUUGGAUUUCAACCCCAUGAAGGAGUACAUGGUCCUGAGCAGUUCCCAGCAGAUCGCCGUGGCGGUACUGUGCACCAGCCUGGGCAUAAUCAGUGCCCUGGAGAACUUGGUUGUACUCUACCUGAUCCUGUCCUCCCACCGGCUUCGCAGGAAGCCCUCCUACCUACUCAUUGGCAGCUUGGCUGCGGCUGACUUCUUAGCUAGUGUCUCAUCUUCAAGCAAUUUCGUGAGUUUUCAUGUCUUCAAUCAUGUGGAUUCCAAGGCUUUGUUCCUGCUAAAGAUAGGCAGUGUCACCUUGACCUUCACUGCUUCUGUAGGCAGCCUGCUCCUGACUGCCAUAGACCGCUUCCUCUGUCUGAGCCACCCACUGGCAUACAAGGCUCUACUCACCCGUGAGAGGGCACUGAUGGCUCUGGCCAUCAUGUGGCUCAUCUCAGCACUGGUCUCCUACCUGCCCCUCAUGGGGUGGACUUGCUGUCCCAGUCCCUGUUCUGAGCUUUUCCCCCUGGUCCCCAAUAACUAUCUGUUGGGCUGGCUCCUGUUCAUUGCCUUCCUCUUCUCUGGCAUCAUCUACACCUACAGCCAUGUCCUCUGGAAGGCCCAUCAGCAUGUAGUCAGUUUGGCUGGACACCAGGAAGGGCAGGUACCAGGAAUAGCUAGAAUGAGACUGGAUGUGAGAUUGUCCAGAACCCUGGGAGUAGUGCUCGCUGUGCUCUUCCUGUGCUGGCUCCCAGUCUUGGCCCUCAUGGUCUACAGUCUGACGGCCACUCUAAGUAUCCAGGUCAAGAAAGUCUUUGCCUUCUGUUCCUUGCUGUGCCUUGUCAACUCCAUGAUCAACCCUAUCAUUUAUGCACUGAGGAGUGGGGAAAUCCGGUCCUCUGCCCUGCACUGCAUGGCUCGUUGGAAGAAAUACCUGAGGGGCGCUGGGUCUGAUGGACAAGAAGAUGCCCAGAAGUCCUCCAUUUCUGAGACUGAGGCAGAUGUGAAAAUCACCAAGGGGCCGGAGAGAUAG